GAAAGAAGAGGAAAAAUCACAAGUCACCAAAUAAUCUAUGUAUAUCGAUAUAGCAAAAAUCUCAUUUCUUGUACUCUGCAUUCAUGGCAGCCGUGGAACAAAUCUAAACAACAUAAUUCAACGGGUAACCAAAGUCCAGAAUCCAGGAUCACCCGGCAGUGGGUGAUACUGAUACCAUACACUACAAGUAACAGUUGGCAUAUGAGCACAACUAACUAAUUGGUAAUAUAAACAUAAAACCCAAUGGUAACUGCAUACCUUAGUGUAAACAUUAAGGUUGACUAGGAACUGUAUCUUAUCUUUGAUUAAUCAAUUUGGCAACCAUAUCUUUGGACAUGAAAAAAAAAACAUUUGUGAGGAGAUUCAUACUAGAUAUGAUGUCGCCUCUCAGUACUAUCAUUAGCAAAGCUAGUCACAAGGGUCUCAAUCCACGAAUGGAAAACAUGGAGUUCUUCAAACCUCUUUAGUUCUCUCGAUCAACCAGAACUCAUGAAGAUAGGUAGAUAUCCACCAACACAGGA